UUUAGGUAUAAUUUUGACUCCUGGAGAGAGUUUUCCUAUUUAGACGAAGAGGAAAAAGAAAAAGCAGAAUGUCGAGAUGAAAGGAGGUGGAUUGAAAAGCAGAACAGAGCUGCCAGAGCACUGAGAAAAAAAGAAGAAAUGAACAGAAUUAGGACGCUUGUUGACAACGCUUACAGCUGUGAUCCCAGGAUAAAGAAAUUCAAGGAGGAAGAAAAGGCAAAGAAAGAAGCAGAGAAAAAAGCAAAGGUGGAAGCAAAACGAAAAGAACAGGAGGCAAAAGAAAAACAAAGACAAGCAGAAUUAGAAGCAGCACGAUUAGCAAAAGAAAAGGAGGAAGAAGAAGUCAGGCAACAAGCAUUAGUAGCAAAAAAGGAAAAAGAGAUACAGAAAAAAGCAAUCAAGAAAGAAAGACAAAAACUGAGAACGACGUGCAAGAACUGGAAUUACUUUUCUGAUAAUGAGGCAGAUUGUGUUAAAAUGAUGGAGGAGGUGGAAAAGCUUUGUGAUCGUCUUGAGCUAGCAAGUCUGCAAUGCUUGAAUGAAGCACUUACAUCCACCACAAGGGAAGGAGGAAAGGCGGCUGUAGUAAAACAGAUAGAAGAAAUAAAUGAACAGAUAAGGCGAGAGAAAGAAGAGGCAGAAGCUCGUAUGCGCCAAGCCACGAAGAGUUCAGAAAAGUCAACCACUGGUGGUGGAGGGGGAAGCAAAAAUUGGCCAGAGGAUGAUUUACAGUUGUUAAUUAAAGCUGUGAACCUCUUCCCAGCAGGGACUAACUCAAGGUGGGAAGUUAUCGCCAAUUACAUGAAUUUGCACUCUACUACUGGAAUAAAACGAACAGCAAAAGAUGUCAUCAAUAAAGCAAAGAGCCUCCAAAAGCUUGACCCUCAUCAGAAGGAUGACAUAAACAAGAAAGCAUUUGACAAAUUUAAAAAAGAACAUGGUGUGGUGCCUCAGAUGGACAGUGCUGCCCCCUCGGAACGAUUCGAAGGAUCGCCUUUAGAUUCAUCCCCUUGGACUACAGAAGAACAAAAGCUUUUAGAGCAAGCAUUGAAGACUUAUCCAGUAAAUACUCCUGAAAGAUGGGAGAAGAUAGCAGCAGCUGUUCCAGGCCGGUCAAAAAAAGACUGCAUGAAGCGAUACAAGGAACUCGUUGAAAUGGUCAAGGCAAAGAAAGCUGCUCAAGAACAAGUGAUGAAUGCUACUAAAGUCAAGAAGUGACUCUUACUGACAAUCUUUGUUUUAUAAUAAAAAUGCAAAUACUGUACAUGUUUUCAUUCCUUCCUUAGUUAUA